CCGGGUAACUUCUAACUUUGUGACUCCUAAUGAAAGAGAAGGUCCUGGCAACAGUAACACUCGAUAUAUAACACAUUCCUUUUAGUGCUCACAACAAACAGGUGAGAAAACAGGCCAGGUGCAAUUGAAGAAGAGUCUGUACAAGGUGUCAACUGGUGAAGGGGGAGGGCGUUUGAACUCAGGUCUGUCUCCAGAGCCAGAGAUGCCACAUCCUUCAAACGUUCCUACGAUUUCUAUUUCUGUCUCUCUUUCUACUCGAAAAAGCCUGACUUAAGGACUUUCAGCUCUGCGGCAAUUUUUAAGGGUGUGCGUGGGAGGGGUGGGGAGAAGACAGAGGAGCGUUUUCAGCGCAUAAAUACCCUUUGCGCCCAGAACGUUCUCUAUCAGCCACUACGAACCAGGGACUGGUCCGUGGCCUACAAGAAAACCCUUCACUCCUACAAUUCACGGCGUGCGCUCCCACCCGCCCCCGGCGCCGUAGGUCUUCUGCGGGAGGGACCCAGUCCAGGCCGGGUAAAGGGGGCGAGACACCGGAGGGAAGACGCCGACUCAUGCCCUCGCAGCGCGCAGGCGCCGGGACCCAGACGGGCGGGAGGGCGCCGACUCCGGCCUUGGCAGCGCGCAGACGCCAGGGCCGCGGGGCCCCGAGCGGCCACCGCAGGCGGGGCCGCCUCUCUCGCGCCUCCUUCGCCGGAAAGGCCGUGGGACUUCACGGCCCUCUCGGGCCGCCGCCCCUCGGGAGCGCGCGGCCUCCGAGGCAAGCUCCGCCCUCCUCUCACCUAGAUUAAUAGGAAGAGCGGAAGGCGGGGUGAGUCGGCGGUUGCCUGGGUCUCGGCUGCGUGUCCGCGCCCCCUCGGAGCCAUGCUGCGGAGCUGCGCCGCGCGCCUGCGCACGCUCGGGGCCGGGCGGGGAGGCGCGCGCCCACCGGCUGGAAACCCGGGACCCGCGCAGAGGUGGUUUUCUUCGGAGAAGCUCUCUGCAAACGACCGCUCGCUCCCCAACCCCAGCUGGAACAAGGACUUAAGGCUCCUCUUUGAGCAGUUCAUGAAGAAAUGUGAAGACGGCUCCUGGACACACAUGCCUUCCUAUAGCUAUAAAAAUACUCUAAGUACUCAAGACUUCACAACUCUUAUUCGUGACGGAAAGCUUCCAAAUAAACAUUUGUCACAAGCCCAGCUCUUCACCAGAAGCUAUGAGGAAGGCUUGGGCUUUGAGUACGUGAUGUUUUAUAAUGAUGCUGAGAACAGGACAAUUUGCUUUUUCCAAGGCGGUCCUUACCUGCAAGGAGCACCUGGGUUCCUUCACGGAGGGGCCAUUUCCACCAUGAUUGAUGCUACGCUCGGCACGUCUGCGAUGAUAGCUGUGGGAAUUGUCAUGACUGCCAACCUCAACAUCACUUUUAAAAGACCUAUCCCCCUUGGUUCCGCUGUUGUGAUAAAUAGCCAAGUUGAUAAAAUUGAAGGAAGGAAAGUGUUUGUUUCCUGUAAUGUUCGAAGCGCUGAUGAGAAGACCGUAUACACAGAGGCGACAAGCUUAUUUAUAAAGCUGGAGCCUGGAAAAAGUUUGACAUAGAAGAGCUUCUGGUGAAUUCGACACCACUCUGCGUAAGGCUCUCCUUCCUCCAGAAGAAGCCGUGGUCCCCAGUCCUGCCUGCUCACCCACUGUUGAGCACCCCCAUAGGGUGGAGCCUGAUAUCACUGCCUUCCUGAAUGGUCCCCUGAAUACAACUCUGGGAGCUCUGUUUCCACCUUCUAAACUUUUCAUACAGAAACACUUCCUGCGAGAGUGUCAGCAAUUCCUGGUGUCGCCUUAGGAUAAGUGUCUGGUUUUCCUGAAAUGUGAUAUCUGCCCCACUGCAGACUGGAGGAACAAUUCUUAUUGAAACUUUCACUGCAAACUUGGAAAUGCCAGAACACCAAGGAAGGAAUAAAUAUGUGGGUGCAUAUAUGUGUGUGUGUGGUACGAGCGUGCAUGCAUGAUCAAUUGCAAAGCUAGUUUUUUGUUGUUGUUAAUUAUCAUUAGUUUCAGGUGUACAAAACAGUGUACUAGUUAGACAUUUACACCCCUCACAAAGUGAUAACCCCCUCCUCCUAUCUCC